AUGAGGCGCAACUUGAGUGAACACAUCAUCCAUGCUGCCAUGAAUGAAUUGCAGUGGCAGGGCACAGGGCUCGAAACGACAGCAGAGGACGGUGUCGCCUGCCGUAUUCAAGGUCGACUUCCCGCCCAAUCAGGCGAGGUGGCAAUGAGGACGCGCAGGGAAGGCGCAGUUCAAGAUCAGACUUGGGUCACUUCGAACCCACGGCAGCGGCAGGGGUCCAGAAGGAACCCAGUCGGGCUAGACAGGGGGGGCCACCCAGCGAAAAUCUCCAUCUCCCGUCUCUUCCAGCCAAUCAUCGAGUCCUAUCUGUCUCUCCACGACACCCACAGGCGCGCCGGCCCUCCAGCCCCUUUGAUUUUCCUUCGACCGGGAGUCCUCGUGACAGUUGGCUUGGUUUCAGUCAACAACCCCGACCGAGUUGCUCGAGGCAGCAGCGCCCGGACCAUCCCGUCCCAUCCACGCCCUGGUUCAGUCCUGUCCUUCAAUUUGGGCCUCUCUCAACUCUCCUCUGGCAAACUACUCCACUCCACUCCACACCACACCAUCUGGCUCGACGCGGUUCAACCAGCCUCCUGUCCCUCUUCAACUCCGUGGUCCAGAGGUGCCCAUGAUGGUGCACAGGAACAGUUCACCUUCGAAUUGAAUGAUAUGGAUGCGCAGAAUGCUGCAGAGUCCGCCGCUACGAAGCCACCUGCUUCCACUUCCGCCUCUCCUAGGCCAGGCAAUGCGGCCGAGCCCGAUCAGGCCAGCAAGCCUCCAUCCUCCCCGCCCUCCGUGAACAAGUCCCCCCAAGCUUCAGCGUCUACUUCGUCACCGCGGCCACCGCCACAACCACAGUCUUCAGUCAAGGAAUCAAAGGAGUCAAAAGAGUCCAAGGAGCCUAAGCAGCCCAAGGAAGCAGGCACCCCCAAGGAAUCCAGCGACUCCAAGGCCAGCGUCACCGCUGUUCUCCCGCAACAGGAUGACGAGGCUGGCGCUGAGAAUAAUUCCGAGGCCGAGACCAUCGUCCUCCCAGGCAAGGAUGGCUCUCCCAUCAAGAGCCGCAAGGUGAUCAAGCGUGAAGAUGCUAGUGACGGCGAGGAGCGGAAUAGUGUCAUCGACAUUUCCCCUGCAAAACGCAAGCCUUCCGAUGGCAAGAACGACGGCCAUGGCCCCAAGCAAGGAAGUAGCGGUGGCAACAGCCUCUUGACGGACGACGCAAAGCGGAAGCGACUGCUGGAUCAUCCACGGAGUAAGGACUCGAGUGGGUUGAGCUCGGCACCGGCAUCUCCUCUGCAGCGUUCCCGUCAACAAUCAAGUGACAUCCGCCCAGAGUCCGAGGGUGACUCUGUCCAUGCAAGGUCAACCAAAGUCAUUCCCAAGGAAAAAGAACCCAGGGAUCGGGAAAGGGACACAUCGAGAGCGAAAUCGUCAGAUAAAGCAGUCACGCAUAAGAGGAAGGCCCCCAAGGCAGAGUCUGACGACGAGGCCGACAACGAAAGCCACAAGAAUCGCCGUCGGAGGACUUCUGCUUCGAUCGACGCGUCCUCCACUCCACGACCGCAACACAAAGACCGCGAUCACCACAAAUCGAAGUCCAAUCAUGACAGCAUUUCGUCAUUGCGGCAACGAUCCAUUUCUCCACACCCUCGAACUCACCGACGAAGUGCAUCAACCCAAAUCGUUUCUCAAUCAUCCAGCGGCCUUAGUCAAAAGAAAAGACGCGUUCCUCCUCCCCUUACUACCGAUUAUCAUUCCGACGAAUCCUCUGCGAGUGGUAGCCCUCAUGUUCGAAGCUCGACUAUGCGCGGUCUGACGACACCAGCAACUGCUGACUCCAACAUGUCGUCGGCCAAAAAUCCCGCUCAUAAGAAACACGUCGACGCGCAUGGCCAAACGCAACUUGCCAAGGCUUGUUCUCGCGGCGAGUAUGACAACGUCAAGCGGAGGCUCCAUGAGCGCCCACAGGACCUGGAUUUUCCAGAUUAUGCGGGCAAUACUCCACUUCAGAUUGCAGCCAUCAAUGGAUAUGAUGACAUUGUGAAGCUUCUAGUGGAGGCAGGCUGCGAUAUCGACUGCGUAAACCACGAUAAGGAUACCCCUCUCCUGGACGCUGUCGACAAUGGCCACCUCGAUGUUAUCAAGGUCCUACUCGAAGCUGGAGUCAAUCCACGCAAAGCCAACGUUAACGGCGAGGAACCGCUUGAUCGGGUGGAUGAUGAGCUCGAGAACUGUGAGGAGAUCCGUGCGGCGCUGAUGGAUGCUAGGAAGAAGCAAGGAGAUCGUCGGCGAACCUCAGAAGAGCAACAGGAUCAACAGGACACCCGAUCGCACGGUCCUGACAGCCCGCGGCGCUCGCCCGCUCUGGCCGACUCUGCCGCUGGCACCAGGAGGGCAGCUAGUUCUCGCUCCCACAAGCUCAGCAAUCAUCUGCUGUACAUGCACAUGGACGACAAGACCCUGCGGUCAGCAGCUGGCCGAGGCGACUUGGAAACCGUGGAGCGCAUUCUCCAAGUUAGGGAUAAUUUCGACGACGCGGAAUCCAUGGUCGCUGCGGCAAGAGGUGGACAUGAGACGGUCAUGAAUCUGCUUCUGGCUCUUGGUAACGCCAAUCCAGACCCUUCUCCGGUGGACUCGGAGCGUCCAGAAAUAGCGACGCCGAUUUUGGCAGCCAUUGGCCAAGAAAAUAUUAGGGUUAUCAGAUUGCUACUGGCUCAGUCAAACUUCGACCCGACGAGGAAAUUCCGAGGGCUCACUUACUAUGAGAUCGCUCAGAAACGACAAGGGCCAAACUGGAAGGAAGAGGAGCACAUACUGAAAGAUGCCUAUGAUGCAUACAAGCGAAAUCACCGAGACCCUCACAAGAAGUCUCCGAAUCGGCGGGAGCUGGACAACAAGCGAAGCGGUCGAGCGGAGUCCAAAGAUGACCCGACCAGGAGCCUGAAGCGCAAGGCCACUAGCCCCACCCGUGACGGCCACCGCGUCACAGCUGGGAAAGUUCGCACUACUGACAAGGAAGCCAGAGGCAACAACUCUGCUGGGUCAAAGAACGAUGAGCUGACCUCACCUAAACGUGGACCUGGGAGGCCCAGGAAAGACGAGCGCGGACUGCCCACCAUUGCAAUCUCAGACGGUGAAAACUCGCCUGCCAGCAAAUCUUCAAGCAAGCAAAAACGCCCAGACAUGGAUACUGCCUCAUUCUCUUCUGAGGGCGAAUCCAAGCCGAGGAAGAGACUCAUGUCGGGCAGGGAUUUGAAAGAACAGAGGGAGAAGAAUCGGCGCCACAGCAUGGUUUCCAAUGCUUCGUCUCUUCGCGAGCCUUCCAGUCCCCGCGAGAACCGCACUGACGACCCACACGAGCUUCCUACCGAGAAGUACCACGACCGCGCUAAGGCGCUCAAGAGGGACGAGUCACGUGACAGGCUGUCCGUCUCUGGCGAGCAUUCGAGUAAACGCAGCCGUACCAGUGCCACUCCCGACCAUGUCUCCGAGAAAGAAGGUGAGCCGGUGAAGAGGAGGCGGCUGGAUGCUGAGAAGAAGGAGCGGCCACCAAAGCCGAGCUCGUCACCUGACCGAAGUCGCAAGUCGACCGCUCCUCGCGACGGAGCAGUUUCGUCGAGGCAGGAUGACAAGCCUGCUCGGAAGCAUGCGGAUCAAGUCGACAAGAAGGAUUCAGCUAAGCCGCGGAAGUCUGACUCAGCAUCGGACAGCAACCGGCGAGAAUCCAGCAAAUGUGCCCCAUCUGAAAAGAGCAUCCAUGUCAAAUCAGAAGAUCCUGAUACCGUGAUGCGGGACGCAGAUCAAGUCCAGGAGGAAGAAAACAAAGCUCGUGCUGCACGAGAGCAAGAAGAAGAGAAAAGGCGCCGUGCCGAGCUCGAUGCCAGGAAAAAGGAGAAAGAGGCCGAGGAGCGAAAACGUCGUGAGGAUGAAGAGCUCAAACGCCGCCAAGCCGAGAUCAAGCAGCGCGAGGAGGCAGAGAAAGAGAAAAGGCGCUUGGAGGAAGAGGAGCGCAAGCGACGUGAAGAAGAGGCGAGGAAGAAGCGGGAGGAGGCCGAGAGGCUACAGAAAGAGGAAGAUGAUCGACGAAAACUUGAAGAGGAGAGGAAACGCCUGGAAAAGGAGAAGGAGGAGGAGGAGCGCAAGAAGCGGGAGGAGCAGGAGCGAAUCCGCAAAGAGGAAGAGGCUGCGGAAUUAGCUCGACGCAGACGCGAGGAGGAAGAACGCAGAGAGCAGGAGCGCCGCGAACGCCAGCGUGCGCUUAGAGAGGCUGAGCUGCGUAAACGCGAGGAGCAGGAGAAGGCUCGUCUCGAAAAGCUUCCCGCGUUUCUGCGCUGGCUUGACCGCGGUGUCAACAUCCGAAGUGCAGAAACAGCCAAGAGAUUUCGGAUCCUGACGGGCGUCCGUUUCGACAGCAUCCGGCCUGAGACCGCAGGCACUGAUGAGGGACGUGAGCUGUGGAUCUUGAACACUCAAGCUGCUCUACUCCUGGGGGAAACUGAUCUCCAACUCACACGCUUCUCAGGCUGGGGCCACGUACCGGCAUCUGAAGCUGCAAAGUACGUCAUACUCGGCAAAGGCAGACCCAGCUGCGGCCUCAUCGACAUGGACGAGUGGGACUUGGGCAGACAGCUCCCCGGCUACUAUUUCGGCAAAGAACCAGGACAAUUGAGCUUCAAGGAAAAGCGACAACUCCAGGAGGAGUCCAAAUUGAAGUUCAUGGAUAUGGACUUGUUCUUUGUCAAGCUGUCUGACCUCUUGUACUCUGUCUCAAACAUGGGUCAUCUCCGCAACCUCGAAAUCGUGGUCAUGUACGAGGAGAUCCCAGAGUCCGUGGAACAGUACGAGCAAGGAUUAUAUCCCUCUCGGUGGAAGGAUGACCCUGAUGCAGACCGCUAUAUGGGAUUCUGUCCAAGGCCAAAGUACUACGUCAACGGCCAACUCGUACGCGAAGGCAAGGUCGAUAUAAAUACUGUCAGCAGGACGCCAUGGCCGGAACAGCGAGUGCCCAGAAGUGGCUUAACCGCAGUCUCGCCGACAAACCCAAACUACGUACGGCUUGCGAAAGAGCAAGGCCUUAGCCACCUCUUUUCUGGCCUUAGGACCCCUCCCAAUACCACUGUGGCACGUGCGUCUCCCAAUCCACUCUUUUCGCAAAGAGCAUUCCAGGGCUCGAACGACGACCUCUCUCCGCCGCAAUCCGAUUCCACGACCUUUGUGAAUGGCGAUGGGCACCAGCCGCGCUCGUCGACUGGUUCGGCGGGCGAGCAGGAGAAGCCUUUGGUGAAUGGGACUACUGAGCCUCUUCCGACCAGCGGCGAAGCCAUCGGUCACUGA